GUCAGCUACGACAUUCGGCAGAAGUGGGAGGACGAUCCGGCGGAGUCGCUCAACCCGCAGCAAAAGGGCGCGGGUGGCGCAGGCUCCGACAACCCGUAUGCCAACUUCCAGUUCCUGGUUGAGCUGAUGAAGGAAGGCGAGCAGGCCUUGAUCGCU